GUUCUCAUGCCUGAUUCCAACCCCUAAGAAUCUCAUCUCAUCCACACUCCACUCUCUCCUCUUUUCUCAUUCUUCCAUUUUCUUUCCCCUGCAUUCUCUUCAUUCCUAAGUACCUUCAAAUUUCAAUCUUCAUAAAAGUUGUGAGCUUUAAUAAACAAUGUCUCUUUGGACAUAUUCAACUUUUCUUCUUCUUUUCAUUCUGCUCACUUCAACUUAUGGGGCAUUUGGCAAUGCAGACAAGGAACAAAUUCUUCCACUCAAAAGACUUCAAAGGACACAGCAGUACAACAACCCAAGUUGUCAUUCUCAAAACUCAAGAAGUGAAAAUGGAGCAACAAUAUUGGAAAUGAAGCACAAAGAUUACUGCUCCGGAUCAAUUGACAACAUGAACAGAAAUCUUCAGAAACAACUGGUAGCUGAUGAUAUUCGAGUUCGGUCAAUACAAGCUGAUAUCAAAAACAUCAUUUCUGGAAAAAUUGAAACUUCAUCACAAACCCAAAUUCCUAUAACUUCUGGUGUCAAACUGCAUAGUCUAAAUUACAUUGUCACAGUAACGUUAGGUGGUCAAAACGCGACAGUAAUUGUUGACACAGGAAGUGAUCUCACAUGGGUCCAGUGCCGACCUUGUAGAUUAUGUUACAUUCAACCAGACCCUCUGUUCAACCCCUCUGUUUCUCCUACUUAUCGAUCAGUUUCAUGCAACUCGGCGACUUGUCAAUCUCUUCAAUCUGCAACUGGAAAUUCAGGAUUAUGUGGGACCGAUUUAAAAGAGUGUAAUUAUGUUGUCAGCUAUGGAGAUGGAUCGUACACUCGAGGUGAACUUGGCCAAGACCAUUUGGUUCUUGGAAGUACAUCUGUUGAGAAUUUUGUCUUUGGUUGUGGCAGGAACAAUAAAGGUCUGUUUGGUUUAGCUUCAGGGCUUAUGGGACUUGGAAGAAGUAACCUUUCUUUGAUUUCACAAGCAUCUGGGAUUUUUGGUGGUGUUUUCUCAUAUUGUUUGCCUUCAACUGGAACAAAGUCCUCUGGCUCAUUAGUAUUAGGGGGUGAUAGUGACACUUCAAUUUUCAAGAAUGCUACACCUAUUUCCUACACUAGAAUGGUUGCUAAUCCACAGCUUUUUAGCUUCUAUUUUCUUAAUAUAACCGGGAUUGGUAUCGGUGGGGUGUCUAUUCAAGGUUCAAGCUUUGGCAAAAGUGGAAUUAUGAUUGAUUCUGGUACAGUUAUAACAAGGCUGCCUCCAACAAUAUACAAGGCUGUGAAGGCAGAGUUCUUGAAACAAUUUUCAGGGUACCCUAUAAAACCAGGAUUUUCAAUUCUUGAUACUUGUUUUGACCUGUCUGCAUAUGAAGAAGUGAACAUUCCUACCGUUAAAAUGCAGUUUGAAGGAGGUGCUGAGAUGGAAGUGGAUGUUACUGGAGUUCUUUAUUUCGUAAAGAGUGAUGCAUCACAGGUCUGUUUGGCUAUAUCAAGCCUCCAAUAUGAUGAUGAGAUUGGAAUUAUUGGAAAUUAUCAGCAGAAGAACACUAGGGUCAUAUACGACAUAAAGCAGUCACGAGUUGGAUUUGCAAAAGAAAGGUGUAGUUUCUGAGUUUCACGCAAAUAAGACAAAGGAAGCCAAUAAUGUCACUCGCUGGCAACAAAAUCUAGAGGACUAUUUUUCUGAAUGUAGAGAAAAAGUAGACCUUCAAUUCUGCAGGAAGAUAUAGAAUAUUAUGAAUGCAAGUUGUUAUUAUCAAAACUGUUCAAUUGUUGUAUUUCCUAUCAACUUUUGUAAUGUAGACUGGAGAUCAACCCCAUUA